CUCUUAUAAUCCCUUUUCCUCCUAAGAAGCCAGGGAUUGCGUGAGGACGAUGGAGCGGGGCAGCAGCCACUUGGAGGACUUCGCUCUGAACGUGUUUUCGGUCACUCCUUACACACCCAGUACCUCGGACAUCCAGGUGUCCGAUGAUGACAAGGCGGGGACCACCUUACUCUUCUCAGGCAUCUUCCUGGGACUGGUGGGGAUCACGUUCACCAUCAUGGGCUGGAUCAAAUACCAAGGGGUCUCCCACUUUGAAUGGACCCAGCUCCUUGGGCCCAUUCUGCUGUCGGUUGGGGUGACAUUCAUCCUGAUUGCUGUGUGCAAGUUCAAAAUGCUUUCCUGUCAGUCGUGCAAAGAAAGUGAGGAAAGGGUCCUCGACUCGGAGCUGACGGCGGGCGGACAAUCGUUUGUUUUCACUGGUAUCAACCAACCCAUCACCUUCCAUGGGGCUACUGUGGUGCAGUAUAUCCCGCCCCCUUAUGGCUCUCAAGAGCCCAUUGGGAUGAACACCACCUACCUGCAGCCAGUGGUGAACCCCUGUUGUCUCACACCAUCUGGAGUGGUGGCUGCUGCCACGCCAAGCCCUCCCCAGUACCACACCAUCUACCCUGCAGAGAACGCUGCCUUUGUUGCCGACCAGGACUACCCUUCCUCCAUGGAUGGUGGAAAUGACAGGUCCAGCCCUGACGCUGAGCAGCUAGAAGAGAUACAGCAGGGGGAUGGGGACCCUGCCUGCUUCUCUCCUCCACCCUAUGAGGAAGUAUUCUCCCCCCCUUGCUAGAGACUGCAGUGCCGAGGGAAUGGCAUUGAGGUCAUUGUUGCUGACACCUGAAGGGCUCUAUGUACAGCCUUCAGAAGUGAGACAGCAGAGCAGCCCAGGAGGCCUGAGAGAUGCCGUUCAAGGGGAGGUGGGAGGUAAAAUGUCCCAAAUUGGUAAAAAUUAGGCUGGGCUGAAGAAAUUACCUUCUGAUCCAGCUAAAAAUGCCCCGCUGUGUUCAGAAACAGGAAUCUCACCCAUCUAUCCAUCACCCACUCUGUUCCUCCAGGAAGGUGCUGCUGUUGCAAUUUUAACUCCAGCAGCCAAGGGCAAAAUCACUACUGCUGUGACUUUGGAAGUUUCCAUAGUAGGGAGAGUGGGGGUGGGGAGGAAGCAGGGAAGAGAAAACAGGUUCCACUGCAGCUUUCCCGGUGCCCAUUCUCAGUUCCCAAAGUAGAUUUGCAUAUCCCAAUCAACUCAGUUGCUGACAUGUGGCCCCUGAGGACUCUGGGUAUCUUAAAGGCUGCAUAAACAGACCAACAAAUGAGCAAAUAAAUAAAUACAAUAAAGUAAAGUCAAGAAUA